GCGGGGACGCACGGCGCGGCGGGAUUGGGAGCGCCGGCCCGCGGGGGGCGGGGCUUCCCCCGGAAGCGCGCGGUGCAGCAUGGGCAGGCGGCGCCGGCCGCGCGUGCGCAGAGCGGCUCGGGACGAUGGUGCUGAUCAAGGAAUUCCGAGUGGUUUUACCUUGCUCCGUGCAAGAGUAUCAAGUUGGGCAACUUUACUCUGUGGCAGAAGCUAGCAAAAAUGAAACAGGAGGUGGUGAAGGAAUUCAAGUCUUAAAAAAUGAGCCUUAUGAGAAGGAUGGCGAGAAGGGACAAUAUACUCACAAAAUUUACCAUUUAAAGAGUAAAGUUCCAGGGUUUGUAAGGAUGAUCGCUCCAGAAGGCUCCCUGGUGUUCCACGAGAAGGCCUGGAACGCGUAUCCCUACUGCAGAACAAUUGUGACGAAUGAAUACAUGAAAGAUGAUUUCUUCAUAAAAAUUGAGACCUGGCAUAAACCGGAUUUGGGGACAUCAGAGAACGUGCACAAUUUAGAUCCAAACACAUGGAAGAGUGUUGAAAUUGUCCAUAUUGACAUUGCAGAUAGAACUCAAGUAGAACCAGGAGACUACAAAGCUGAUGAAGACCCUGCAUUAUUCCAGUCGGUUAAGACAAAGAGAGGACCUUUGGGGCCAAACUGGAAGAAAGAGCUGGCAACUGAUGAAGAGUGUCCUAAAAUGUGUGCUUACAAGUUGGUGACUAUCAAAUUUAAAUGGUGGGGACUGCAGAACAAAGUCGAAAACUUUAUACAAAAGCAAGAAAAAAGGAUAUUUACCAACUUUCAUCGCCAGCUGUUCUGUUGGAUUGACAAGUGGAUUGAUUUGACUAUGGAAGACAUCAGGAGGAUGGAGGAUGAAACCCAGAAGGAGCUGGAGGCGUUACGUAAUCAAGGCCAAGUCAGAGGAACAAGUGCUGCCAAUGAUGAAUGAUGGAUUUAACCGUCACAUGCAGUGUUAUACAAACGUGUGUGUGGAUGCAUGAUUAUUUGUAUAUAAUUAUAUAUACGCACAUGCAUACUGAAGGGGGUUGCUACAGUGUCUCCAGGGUACUAUACCUGUCCUCGGCAAAGACUCAAAGGAAACUGCUUUCAUUAUGUAUACCCGAAACAAAUAAAAAUCAACUGAGUAGUGUCAUUUAAAGGAUGAAUUAACUGCGUAUGUUUCAUGAAUGUCAAUACUGGACCAAUUUAUUCCCUUCUUGUUUUUUUCCUGUCUUGAGUCACUCUGCUCUAACUUGCCCAUAUCUCAUUGUAAAGAAACAAAUUCAAAUAAGUUAAUUUCAGUUUUGUGUCUUCCCUAUGUGACUAUUUUUGGAAUAGGAACAAUGAAUGUAUUUAUAGCUAUUUAUUUCUGGAUUGUCAUUAUCCUGUAGUCAAAACAGAAAGGAAAAAAAUCUAUUAGUGGAAAUUGGAAGACUUUUACUGUUGAAUAAGUUUAACACGAACUUUACCCAUUCACUGAUUUAAAAGAAAAAUCAUGUUUUAUUGGACUUUUGUAUAUUGAAAUGCUAAUGUUUUUUCUUCAUUAAAAUUGGCAAGAUUAAGGAAGAAUGGCUUGUGAUUUCUAAAAUAAUUACAACUUGAAAUUUCCCAGAAGCUGGCUCUUUUAGACAAAGAUACUGACAAUACUUGUGGAGUAUUUCAAGUAUAGCUUAGGCCGUGCAGUGAAGGUGAAGGGGGGUGACGAGCCCUUCCCUAAAGUAAUACUUACUGAAUUCACUGUUUUCCAGCUUCCACUUUGGAAGCUACGCAAAUGGUCUUGAUUUCAUACGCGUUACACAAUGGAAUAUAAUUGUGAUUUUUAGCUCUUUUCAUGUUGAAAAUACACUUUAAAAGAGAUGUAUACUUUCAGAUACGGUGAAAGUUUAAAUUGUCGCAUCUGACGUAUUUCUCUGGUAUUUGUUAGGAGUAGACACAUAAAAGAUGGUGUAAUAAAGACCUCCUGUAGAUCGCUCUCAAAUAGGGAAAAAGUCUUGAGCGUUUUAUAAGGAAAUAUUCAGAGCAUGUCAUAGGUAUUAUCAAAAUGCUUGCUAGAUCAGAAACAAGUUAAAGUUCUGUUAAUGCCUGGUGUCCUCCCAGCAUCCCCAGAAACCCCGGUGGGGCAAGCCCUGCCCGAGCUUCCAUCUUCAUCACCUCACGGCCGCCCGGGUGUCCUGGUGUCCCUGGGACCUGCCGUGCUCACCGGAGCAGCGACCCCGUCUCCAGCGCGGGCAGCGAUGGGUUCCGGGGGACCAGCUGGAUGUGCCCCAAUGGGCGCUGCUGCUGCAGCUGCGUCUGCUGGGCUUGGGCACUCGUGCAUCUCUCGUCUCUGCGCCCUCCUGCCCUCCCUGCUGCAGGUUUGGGCUUUUUUCCCCCUUUGUGGAUUAGCAGUUAAAUGGUUAUUUGUCCUCUGUACCAGCAGGAGGUUGCUUUUGUAAAUAUUCAUAGAGAAAUGCGCGCACACACACAUUACGUGAUUUUAACAGUGCUUGCAGCCAGGAGAGCUGCUGCACACCUGGGAACCCAAGGGCUCGGUUCUCUCUUUGGUGCUGGAACAUGAGUCCCACUGACAUCAAUGAGAGUCGUAACGCAAACUGAGGGAAAGGGACCCUACAGCUUCAUGGGUUUGGACUAGUUGUGAAAAUUGGAGAGAAUCUUGUAGUGAAUGUAAAAUGUUUAGUUUACUUUGGCAGUCUCUGGUGUGACCUACAGUAAAACAGUCAAUGAAAUUUAAUUAAAUAAACUUGAUCAUAAAA